UUCUUGUCAAAUUGAGGUUAUGUCAGUUGCAUUAAAAUUUUCGGACUCACCGGUUAUUUUUCGAGAUUUUCAAAUAAACAAUUUCUAAAUAAUAAAGUUAAUCAACUGUGAUAGGAAAGAGGAAAUUUAGUUUUUUAUAAUACAGUGUUAAGAGAUCAAGAACUAUGGGUGAUACUGAUUUUAAUGAGCUUUUGCGUGAAGCUGAACAACUUUCUGCAGCUGUCGAAGGCAAUGGAGAACUUCCCCAGGUCGAGAGAAAUCUACGACAAAUUUUACAAGAUUCAAAUGAAUUAUUGUCUCGUGUUAUUCAAACCGGCGCACAGGAUAAUCAGAUCCAGGCUCACUUGCUUUUGGGCUCGCGAGGAAUCGAUUUGCCACAAAUCUCACAGAAAUUAAAUUCUCUAAGUACUCGUCGUACUUUCGAACCGUUGGAUCCUAUUGCAGAUACAGACAUUGUCAGUUAUCUUCGAAACGAAAAAGAAAAUGCAAUUCUCUCAAUUAUUGAUCAAGUCCACAAAGACACAUUUCAAUCAAAUCGUGUACAACAAUUGGAGCACAUUUUAGGCGAAUGGAAACAAAUGCGAUACGAAAUUAUGAACGCAAUGACUGCACCAUCGGGAGAUUUGGUGGAUCUCAGAGGAACACCGCAGCGUACAAAAUUAGCAGGCUCAAUGAUCAGUGGUUUGUCAAGUAUGGAAGUCGCUUACGCGAAAGAAUUGCAAAAUUACAACGACCACGUGCUUCGUGGUGUUACACGACCAAGUUUAUUUACCCUCUUCACAAAGGCAGCCGAGGUCUUUAACGACAAGAAGGUCCUCGACAUGUGGCAAAUGGUCAAGUGUAUGAUUGAAAUUCCACCCACGCCACGUGGUGAUCAAAUUAAAUCACGAAGUAGUCCCACAGUUGAGCAGAAAAUAAUCUUUCAAGCCCGCUCAUAUUUGGAGAAUCGCUACAAGGAAUUUAUGAAUUCAGUGGUGAAUGAGAAUUUGGUUCAGGCUAAACGCGGUGGAAUACCGGGAACAUUGCCAUUGGUGAAGAGUUUUGUUGGUAUUAAGGUGCACAAUUAUAGGGAUUUGGAGGAUGUUUUUCUGGAUGACAAACCAUUGUGGCCGCUUAUUUAUUAUUGUAUGAGAGCUGGUGAUUAUAAGGCAGCGCUUCAAUGUUUGACUCAGUGUGGUUCGGCAUUUCAGGAAUUUCGUCAAGCUCUAGAGGAGGCUUCGAAAGAUGCGCAAUUCCAUCCUGGAAGUCGUACCGAAUCGAUUCUUAAACUACAUUAUCGAAAGCAUGUUCGCUCUGCUACUGAUCCGUAUAAAAGAGCUGCCUAUUGCGCUCUCGUUCCUUGUGAACCUGACGAUCUUCAUUCUGAAGUCAUGUCGACGGCUGACGAUUAUCUUUGGUUGAAAUUGUGCCAAAUUAGAGAGCAACCUGAUCCUGAACAUAAAUUGACGUUGGAUAGUCUACAAACGACGAUUCUAGAAGUAUAUGGUGAAUCUUAUUAUCACGCACAUGAGCAACCAUUCUUGUACUUUUCUAUGCUCUUCCUAACUGGACAAUUCGAAUCGGCGAUUGAAUUUCUAGCUCGAGGAGCAAGUGCUCGACAUUUAGUUCACGCUGUUCAUUUAGCGGCGGCAAUGCACGAGCAUAAUUUAUUGGCCGUUAGUCAAAGUGUUUUAGCUCCGUUAAUAAGCACCGAUGUUGCUGACAAACCCCCCGCGAGAAGACUGAAUUUUGCAAGAUUAAUUUUACUCUACGUGAUGAGAUUCGAGGCGUCUGAUCCGAAAGAAAGUCUUCACUAUCUCUUCCUACUGAGGUGCAUGAAGGACCCGUACGAGAGAAAUAUGUUUGCAGCAUCAACAGCAGAAAUGGUUGUUAGUGCAACGCCAGCGAAUCGUGUUUUGUUAAUUGGAAAAAUUGAUAAAGAUCGACGUUUACCGGGAAUGUUGGAUCAGUUGCAUAUUAAUACAGACGAUGUGAUAAAUAUUGCCGCCGAUACAAUGUACAAGAAAGGAGUUUUAGAAGAUGCGGUCACAAUGUAUGAUCUCGCCGGAAAUCAUGAGAAAGUUUUAAGCAUAAUGUGCAUGCUAUUGGCGCAAGUUGUUAGUCAGAAAGGUGAAGCUAAUUCAUUGAGGUCGCGAUUACACGAGAAUGCAACCGACAUGAGUAUUAGGUACCAAGGAAUGCCAAUUCAAGCCCCAUCGGAAUUGGUAGCAGCUUUCUAUACCCUAAGAGAUCUGAUGGUAUUCUUCGAUCAAUUUCACAACGAACAGUAUCAAAGUGCAUUGAUGACGAUAGCAGAUUCGAAAUUAUUGCCAUUAAAUAUGAAAGAAGUGGAUGAGAGAGUUACGGCAUUACGUCGAGUGGCGCCAGAAGUGUCAGGCACCUUGGCCGAUGUUCUUUUAGCGACAAUGACAAUUCUCUAUAAACAAUAUCAAAAAUUACGUUCCUCUGAGCCUGGCGAUGAAAUUGCAAGGGAACAACAGUUGCGUGACUUAAGAGAGCAAGCUCGUGCUUUGACAAGUUUCGCCGGAACUUUACCCUAUCGAAUGCCAAAUGAAACUAACAGUAAACUUGUUCAAAUGGAAAUUCUCAUGCAUUGAGCAUAUAAAUAAUUUGUGGAGAAAAUGAAGACGUUACUGUAAAUGAACUCUAGUGUAAUUAGAUAUUAAUAUUUUUUAUAUAAAUUUAUAUUAAAUCAACUUUCGUAAUAAAAAGUGAGGUAAGUGAAAAA